AUGAUAAAUUGCAAUUACAUUUUAUCAACACUAACUAGUACUGUUAAUCAUAUGUUUAUACAAUUAAAUGUACAUUUUUUACUUUUAUAUUAUUUUGAAAUUUGUGGUUUAACAACACCACAGCAAAUCAGAAUUAGGAAAGAAGAAGAACAAGUGUUAUUGCUAAUGACCACAACAUCCAAAAACACCAGUCAUUCAAAUACCACUUCUCCCACAACACUUAGCAAAAAGACACUCACUCUUUUCUCACACCAAUUUCAAAUUAUAAUUAAAUUUACUACAAUAAACUUUAUAAUUGACUGCUUUUUUAAUUUAUUCUUUGUAGGAUCAGAUUCAUUGAACUCAAUAUUUCAACAAUUCCCAUAUAUAUCAUUCUACAACUCAAAUCAUUCAACCAUUACAAUAACUUCACCAAUUGUAUUAUCAAUUAUAAAUUUACUAUUAACUUAA